CCACACACCACAGGAGCACGGCUCUUUCUUUCACGCGCGCACGGACGCGUGUGUGUGAGUGCGGGCUUUCCCCGCGUUUAAGGCGCGCGCGCGUCGGCGGGAGGCUGUAGAAGCAGAAGAAGAGGAGGAAAAGGAUGAAGGUGUGCAGCGCUGAUGUCAGUUGAGAUCCCAAAAGCCGAAACUUUGUGACGCCUUCCUCCAUUUUUCCCCACGCAUCUGAUCGCUGAAGGUAGGCUUGCUGUCCAGUCCCCGCCACCAUGAUGAGCGACAUCUACGACUCGGCGUGCGACUCGUUGGGUCUGCUGGAGUCUCCAUGCCUGACCAAAGUGGAGCUGAGACUGACGUGUAAAGGCAUCAGCGACCGUGACGCUCUCUCCAAACCUGACCCUUGCAUCGUGCUCAACAUGCAGUCUCAUGGACAGUGGAUGGAGGUGGACCGCACGGAGGUGAUGCGCAGCUGCGCCAACCCAUCCUACUCCAAAGUCUUUACACUGGACUUUUAUUUUGAAGAGGUGCAGCGCUUGCGCUUUGAGCUGUAUGACAUUAACAACAGCAACUACAACGGCCUGAAAGACGCCGACUUCUUGGGCGCUGUGGAGUGCACGCUGGGACAGAUCAUUUCUCACAGGAAACUGUCCAAAGCUUUACUGAGACCAGGAGGCAACGUCGGAAAAACCAUCAUCACGAUCACAGCGGAGGAGCUGACUGGGAACGACGACUACAUCGAGCUUUCCUUCAGUGCCAGGAAGCUGGAUGACAAGGACUUCUUCAGUAAGUCGGAUCCCUUCUUGGAAAUCUAUCGUUUGAAUGAGGACGCCACACUGCAGCUGGUCUACAGGACAGAGACCGUGAUGAACAACUUGAAUCCUGUCUGGAAAACAUUCAAAGUCUCCCUCAACUCACUCUGUAACGGGGACCACGAGCGCAAGCUGCAGUGCACAGUGUGGGACUGGGACUCGAAUGGGAAACACGACUACAUCGGAGAGUUCGAGGCCACCUUCCAAGAGAUGCGGGGUGCCAUUGAUGGACGACAGGUGCAGUGGCCUUGCAUCAACUCCAAAUACAAAGUGAAGAAGAAGGGCUACAAGAACUCCGGCAUCGUCAUCCUCAACCAGUGCAAGAUCAUUAAAAUGCAUUCCUUCCUGGAUUACAUCAUGGGGGGCUGCCAGAUCCAAUUUACUGUUGCCAUCGACUUCACGGCGUCCAACGGCGACCCUCGCAACAGCUGCUCUUUGCACUACAUCCACCCGUACCGACCCAACGAGUACCUGAAGGCGCUGGUCGCUGUGGGCGAGAUCUGCCAGGACUACGACAGUGAUAAAAUGUUCCCAGCGUUCGGCUUUGGCGCUCGCAUCCCACCCGACUACAAGGUCUCCCAUGACUUUGCGGUGAAUUUUAACGAGGAGAACCCCGAGUGUGCAGGUAUUCAGGGUGUGGUGGAGGCCUACCAGGCAUGCCUUCCCAAACUUCAACUCUAUGGACCCACUAACAUAGCUCCCAUCAUACACAAAGUGGCCAACUCCGCCUCGCAGGAGGUUCACACCAAAGAGGCUAUGCAAUACUUCAUCCUUUUGAUCCUGACGGACGGCGUGAUUACGGACAUGGCGGACACGCGUGAGGCCAUCGUGCAGGCGUCACACCUUCCCAUGUCCGUCAUCAUCGUGGGCGUGGGAAACGCAGACUUUGGAGAUAUGCAGAUGCUGGACGGAGACGACGGGAUCCUCAGGUCGCCCAGAGGGGAGCCUGUACUCAGAGACAUUGUCCAAUUUGUGCCGUUCAGGAACUUCAAGCAUGCAUCGCCAGCAGCACUGGCUAAGAGCGUGUUAGCCGAGGUUCCCAACCAGGUGGUCGACUACUACAACAGUAGAGGCAUCAAACCCAAAGUGGCCAGCCAGUACCACGCCUCCAGAACCUUUGGACCCUGAGGGGCUCGGCCCACUGUCGCCAACAUGGUUGCCGUAUCUCUGAAAAGCACAAUUUUUUGUUGUUCUGAUGUGAAUAUUUAACUGCAACUAGAUUUUUUUUGUUUGUGUUGUUUAUGAAGCAGCUGGGGGGGGGGACUUCCUGUGUAGUGUACACUUUGGGAGCAUGUGAUAGGUUAGCUCGUGUGUUAGCCUAACUAGCACUUCGUCAUGAAUUGUAGCGUCCACUAAUUGUAAUGGACAAGUGUUAGCACAUUCUUGAAACACUUUGCAUUACUUCAGUACAGGCUCAACUUAGUAUCCCCUUUUUACAUAAAUGCAAACUACCACUCAUGACUACUCUUGACUGUUAAUGACCACUAACUACCGCUUAUGACUGCUCGUAACAGCUCACAACCAUUAGUCUCAGCUAACUAUAGCUCGCGAACACCAACAAUGGCUAACAAUCACGAGUGACAGCUAAUGAUUGCCAAUGACCAAUAGUGACCGUUGGUUGCUAAGUAUAGGUAACAACUGUUUUAAAUGUGCUAACUAACGACCGCCAAUCGCCUCCAGGAACUGCUAGCAACUGCUAGUGCAUGCACUCAACUUAGCGUCUUUGAUUUACAUCAACGCUAACAGAUGUUAACGGCUGAUAGCAACUACUAACGACCACUUGUGACUGCUAAUGACUACCAGUGUCCAGUAGCGGUUGAUAGUGAGCUCUAUCAACGACUACAGACUGAAAACAACAAUUACUGACAACUACUGACUGCUAACCAUAGCUAAAGACUCCUAAGGAACGCCAGCACACACACUAAUCUUAGCGUCUUCUUUUCAUUCAAAUGAAUGCUUGGUACCUGUAGCAUCUUUAGCAUCUGUCGUGCAUGCCAGGCAGAGAAAAGUGUUGCACUGUGAGCGAGCACAUUGACGCGUUGUCUGGAAGUUAAGUGCACGUGUUAACAAGCACAGACUGUGUUACUGUAGCUUGGGGCGUCAUGCAUGAGAUUGUAUGGUUUUUGCAUGUGAUAACGUAUCCGACUAGCAUUUUAUGAAAUGUCUGCAGCGUGAUGUGACGUCAGCCUAACAUGUGUUAGCAAACUAUGCCAAAACAUACCCACCAGGGAUAAUCGAAACCAUAUUUUUUCCGGAUCGAUUACAGGAUGAGCAUUCGCUCUUGAGUAAGCACCUGUACAAAGUACCGAUACAAAUCAUGCUUUUGAUCCAUAAAACUGCAAUUAACACAAUGACAGAUAAUCGUGAACAAAGACCUUUCUUUCUUACAGUAUUGGUUUCACCGGUGGUUAGGUUAUGCAGUCAGUUAAAUACUGAAGUUAGAAUUAAAUAAAAGUUAAAAAAAAAAAAAUCAGGCAACAGGCGAGUAUAGCCCGCUGUA